GGACACAUUUGCUUCUUUGGGUCCUUUGGGUGAUGUGCGGAUUUCCGCGAUGAUUUCGCUAUGGAUGAGCCCUACGCGCUCUACGUGCUGGGACUCAGGGAAGGUUGCAGCGGCGCAGAGGUACGGCGCGCCUAUCGGCGCCUGGCCUUGCUGUACCAUCCCGACAAGAACCCGCAGGCGGGGGAGGAGUGCAAGCGGCGCUUCCGGGACAUCACCUCGGCCAAGGACUUCCUGGAGGCCGGCGAGCUGCGAGUCCGCGAGGAGAGAGGCGACAAAGGAGGGGCCAAGCCCCGAAGCUCGCCCUUCGCGCCGCCGCCGCAGGCGCCUCCCAAGCCGAGCUUCGGCCCAAGCGGCCUGGACACCGCGCGCCGGCGCCGGAGGGCGCGCUGGUGUAAGCCGGAGAGGGUGAUCCCUGUGAAGACGGAGGCGCCGCGGCUAGUGGUCUGGGCCUGCCACGUUUGCGAGAUGGCGAACCUGGGGGGAUACUCUCCGGGGGCGCGGAAGGACUGUCUGAGGCCCUGCAUCCAGCCGUCCCCGCAGACCCCGUGCUUUUGCGGGCAUGUGCUGGCGGACCACCGGCCUGAGUCGAAGUCGGAUCCCUCGGAGGAUGGCUGGGAGAGGUGUCGCAAAGGCUGCGAUUGCGCGCGUUUCAGCUAUGUGCGCCCUGGAUCCCUGUGCUCCUGCGGCCACGGCAGUCUGGAGCACAGCGCCAAAGGCUUCUUCGCCUGCGAGGUCUCCGAGUGCACUUGUCAGACCUUCCACGACGUCGGCACUUGCGACGUCUGUUCCCACGACUGGGUCAGCCAUCGUACAGAGCUGCGCUUCUCAGUUCCCCCGCCCUCGCGCCGGGAUGCCUCGGAAAGCCCGGAAUCCAGUUCUUCCGAGAUGAUCUUCCUCAAGCGCCCGAACUCCGCCCGUGCCGAGAAGCCCGGCGCGGGCGGCGCGGGCGGCGUGGGCGCUCCCGCCCUCGCACGGGAGGGUGCGCGAGAGAAGCGGCCCCUGGGUGAUCAGAGUGAGCGCCCACUCAGCGCCCGCAACGGCGUGGGCGCGCGGAUCUACGGCGCACUCAGCGGCCGCAUGCCGGGCGUGGCCGCCAUGCUGCCCGCCCCCCAGCGCCCGGAGUCGGCGGCCAGAGAUGUCGCCCGCCGCCCGGAGACGGCGCGGAUGCGGAUGCGGCCAGAGACACCUCGGUCAGCCCCGGGGCCCGCAGUGCCCCCGGCCCCGGCAAUGGCGGCGGAGACGCGGACUCGCCCGGAGACGCCAAAUCUACGGCCUAAGACGCCGAGAUCCUAUGGCCCAAAGAGGGAGGACCGGGAGAUGCGCAGUCCUGUGGUCAGCCCGGACGCCAGCCCCGCCGAGUCCGCCUCCGGCCGCGUGUUGCACAGCCCGGACCCUGCAAGUCCACAGCGUGGCGCCUCCUUUGGCUCGGACACCUCCUGGGUCCACGGCCGUGGUGCGGUGCGCGCGCACGCGCCCCGCGGCUUCCAUGAGCCGAAGGUCUCGUUUGCGCCGCAUCGAGAGCGCGGGGGGAGAUGGGCGCAUCCCACAGUCGCCUCGGGGAUCUAGAGGUUAGAUACCACAGGGGUCCCCAUAUUGACACAUUUUGCUCUUUUUGGCUGGUUU